AUGAGAGAAAUAUGUGGGAUGUGUCCAAGUUUGCGCUUAGGUGAGCACAUAAAGCAGAAAUGCUAUACAAGUUUUAAGAAAUAAAAGCUUGAAGAUGAUGGUAGCUAGGUGCUUUUCUUUAAAUAAUAAAAAUGGUUACAAAUUAGAAAGUCCCUAUUUUAUCUCAUAUAUAUUAAAACGGCAAAAUAUAUCAGCUUGCCUUCUUGGCACGGCUGUACGGACCUUAAGGCUAAGGCAAACUGGAACGAACUCCAAGCUGAGAAGUAAUUGCAGCCUUAGGUGAUGUAUAUCCGACAGAUUUUGGCUACUUUCCUGUGGCUGGGAAUAGAGAAACUCAGCAAUGUCCUUUAAAGAUUGGAAAUUCCUUUAUCAAGAAACCGCAAGUUCCAAACCUAUGCAACAAGGAGCAGUUUUUUUCCUCUUGGCCACUUCAGACCGAGCUUUAAAGUAAUCUGAAUACUGCUCCGCCUGCUGAAGCAAGACCUAAUGGGUAGUUCAUAGAAUAGCGGACAGCCUCCUGUACAGAAGGUCUUUAGAGCCAGUGCCGCCAGAUAUUGCAGACGCUCUCUUAAUAAACUAACCCUAUUUUAUCUCAUCAACAUAACAAUUCUUAUCCAUUUUUAUAAUUUUUUUUAAUAUAUCAAGAUGUAUCAGAAAAAAUUAUUAUAUUCUGAGAAAACACGGUAAGAAUCACCUGGGAAGGUCUGAGGUGCCCAUCAUCCGAGAGGGAAAGCACGAGAGUGCUGAAAUGAUCAACAGAAACAAACCAGUGGCUCUUGAAGCCAUAAACUGUGUUGAAAGGGUCAUAAGGCAUGCCACUUAGUACAAUGCGCAAAGACAUUGUUAACUUAAUUCAGACUACUCUGGUCACAUCCCUUUUCUCUAUCUUUAGAUAUGCCAUUCAAAUACACUAAUAAUAAAGAAUGCAGAUGAUCUAUAUUGAUUAAAAAUUUAUUCAUUCUAACAAUUUGGCAUAAUUUAAUCUCAAAUAUUACAUAA